AUGAUAAAUACCUGUCAUAUUAUUUUCACAUUAAAUUUAUUAAUAAUUCUCGUAUCGUCGAAUAAUUACCCAAAAUGUCGAAAUUAUCAACAGGCAUGCGCAGUUGAAUUAAUGAAAUUUCCAGAAUUAGUUAAUGAUGAAAGGGAUGACAUCAAAGAAGGACAUAAUGAAAGAAAUGAUGAAAGUGUGUCUGAAGGAUCAGGAGAAAACAAUGACGAUGAUAAAUUACAUUUUGUGCCGAUGAGUAUGUCGUUCCCAAUAUAUGAUGAAUUUGUACCAACUACACCAACAUACGAUUAUUCCAUGGAGCCUGUAGAAAAGGUUCAACAUCAAAUAUGCUCUUGCUUAGAUGACGAAGAAUGUGGUAAAUUUGAUAGUAUCGAACAAACAUUGGAGCUGAGCAAUCAUAUUAGAAUUUCUUUCUGUAGGCCGUUGGAUAAAAUCUUCAAUGUCAAAUGUAAAGGAAUGCGGUCUUUAGCUCGUGUUAUAGGAAGAUUGGACAUGGAAACCGGUGAUAGGCUUGUACAUGUUAACGAUACACUUAUAUUUUGCCGAUGCGAAUCCAACAAAUGGAUAAGAAUGAUGAUUGAGCCAUGGAUAAAUGAUAUGUUUUCAUUUUCAUAUAUCUGCAUUUAA